AUGCCUCAACAAAAAGCACGUAAUCACGCAACUGUUGCGUGUGUAUUAUGUCGUGGAAGACGCAGAAAAUGUAUUGUACUUUCUGGAGAAAAUAAAUGUACAAACUGUAAUGAACGAAAUCUGCGUUGUAUUUUUAUACCGGGUAAUAAACGUGGUCCAAAGACCGCUGCUGAUGUAUACUUAAAUACAUUUAUUACCAAUCCUCCUUUCAUUCAUGAUGAACAAAUGUCAAAUAAUGAUCAAAACAUCACAUCCUCCCAUAAUUCAUUUUCUGCUAGUAAUUCUUUCACACAUCUUUAUAAUCAUACUACUGUUACUUAUGAAGUUACUAAUAAUAGCACUUAUGAAACUACUGAACCUAUCGAGACUAAUGAAAAUUUUCAUCACCCCUCGUUAUGUUUUCAUGAUGAACAAAUAAUACCAACUAAUGAUCAGAAUACAUCUUCCUUUUCAACUAACGAUUUAAACGGUUCUUUCUAUCACGAAAUUCCACAUCCUUAUAUUAACCCUUAUGAUGAGGCUAAUGAAGCUCCCCAAAACUGCAAAUGC